AUAUCGGAAUAAUUUUAUAUUAGACGCUUAACUCUUCAUACAACUUUCAAGUCGAAACCACAAGCUUUUGAUUAAUAUUGGAAAAUUGUAUAUAAUGACUCCGCAAUAAUCGAAAGAGAAUGUAAACAACGAAAAGGUUCUCAUUUGUAGUUAGGCCCUUUUGUAGUGUGAUGGUAGAAAUCUGUUUAUUUUUUUGUGAUGAAAUUGUUUAAUGACAAAUUAUUAUAAUUGUUGCAAUUUGAUCUAUUGAGUAUAAACUGUUAGGUUUCGGCAAGGUGGGCCUUGAGCGGUCUUAGCCGUUUUCAAAUGACACCACAAAGGAAAAAAAACAGUUAGGUUUUCAGUAUAUCAAGAAUCAAACAACGUUAGUUUAAAUGUUCUUUGAUUACCUACUACAAUUAUUACGAAUCAAUAUAAAGUAAGAAUUCUUACUGAAAUUGAGAUGGAUUUGGUUCGUAAAAAUGUAUUGAACUGCGAUCAAGGAGCCGUUAGAGCGGUGCGUUAUAAUGUUGAUGGCUCAUACUGCUUAACCUGUGGUUCUGACAAAAAAAUUAAACUCUGGAAUCCACUCACUGGGUUACUUCUGAAAACCUACGGAGGACAUGCUGGUGAAGUGUUGGACGCUGCCGGUAGCUGCGAUAGUAGCGGCAUGAUAUCUGUGUCAACAGACAAAAGCGUCAUAUAUUGGGAUGUUUCACAAGGCUUGCCAAUUCGGCGGUUGCGAGGUCAUGCCGGUGCGAUAAAAUGUGUAAAAUUCAACGAAGAUUCGUCGAUUGCAGUUUCAGGCUCAACGGAUAACACUGUGAUGUGCUGGGAUGUUCGAACGCGCAAUACCGAACCCAUACAGACUAUGCGUGAAGCAAAAGAUUGUAUAACUUCUUUAGUCGUUACGGAACACAAGAUCAUCAGUGGAUCCUUGGAUGGAUCCAUUCGUCAAUACGACUUAAGAGCCGGUGAACUCACCUGCGACACAGUUGGCGUUCCAAUAACUUACAUUGUCCAAACGAAGGACGGCCAAUGUAUAUUAGCGGCUUGUAUGGAUAGUGCGAUUCGAUUAAUUGACACCGGUUCUGGGGAACUGUUGUCUGAAUACAAGGGACAUAAAACGGAAGAUUAUCACAUAGAAUGCGGAGUUAUUCAAAAUGAUACCAAUAUAAUUUCGGGUUCUUCGGAUAGUUGUGUUCUCAUCUGGGAUUUACUGGAAGGUACCGAAACGCGCAAAUUACAAAUGGACACCAAAGUAAUUCAUUCACUGGCGCCGCAACCAACAGGAACUGAUAUACUGUUAGCCAUGAAAAGGAAAAUCGAGGUUUGGGGGCAUCCUUCAGAUGAAGACGACAAUUGAAACAUAACAAAUGUGUUAUGUGCAACGUCCGUUUGUGCUAAACAAGUACACGAAACCGUAGAAUACCAUAACUAACUAUUAAUUUUACUAUUCUGAUAAUUAAAGCAAUUAAAGCAAUAAAUUAGAUUACGAUAUAA